AUGACCGCCACGAUUCUGCGCACGAACUACGCACUGCUUCUCUUCUAUGUGCGAGAAAAUUACUGGCGCCAUGCGGAGGAGGUGUGCCUGUCCACCAUCCAGUCCACAGAUGACCACAUGUUUCGCGUGUGGCACGCGCUGACACUGGAACGGCAAGGCAUGGCAAACGACGCCAUCCACGAGUACAAGGCCGUCGAGUCACGCCGCGCCACCGCUGUACCAGCACUCAUGGGCAUGCACCUCAUUUAUAAACAGAGCCGGGACCAGGAAGGUAUGGCGCAGACGGAGUCAAAGCUUGACAGCUUCGAAGUGGCCAACAACCUGGGUGGCUGGGUGCAGGCAGCUGCGCUGUGCUGGGCAGCCGGUGACACCAAUGCAGCCAGAGACAUCCUGCUCAAGUUAACCGAUAAUGAGACUACAAUGGCACACCGGGACGAGUACACAAACUAUGCCACCAUCCGUGGCUGGGUGGAUCUGCUCUCGGGUCGCGGUGCGCUGCUGGAGAAGGCCGGAACGCUGUUCUCCAGCGUGCUGGAGAUGGAGGAGGCGCAUUACUCGUUUUAUCAGGCUGACACCAAACCUGGUGGCGGUGGUAGCGGCACAACUAAGUGGACUGACAUGAACGCUGCGCUCGGCUACGUGGCCUUCCUCGAGCGCAAGACACAAUUUUCGAAGGCACAGAGCCUGUUGGACCGCCUUAUCGUGCUUUACCCAAGCUGUAGCAUCCCUCCACUGGUGAGCAAGGCGCGUCUACUGAUGCACGCCGAGGACUGGGAACAGGCGAUAGAGGUGACCCGCCGCAUCCUCACCCGCGACAAGGACAACGUCGAGGCCCUCACACUCGAGGCGCUCUAUGCGCUUGCGAAGGACACCCGUUAUGAUGCCGCGAUGGUGCGGCUGCGCCGCCUGCUCGACGCCGUUCGGGCCAAGGAGCCGCGCAAUGCGACGCUGCUGCACCAGUUGGCGCUCGUCUUCUCCCGCCUGGCGGGUGGUCGGUGGGACCUGUUGAACAUCACCACGCAAUUUUCAGAGCUGGCGUGUGCGCUUCAGAGCCGCAGCGGCGAUGUGCUCUGCGGGCUGGGGUACCAACAGCUGUACAGGCACGACUACAAGACCGCAAUGGCGACGUUCCGCAAGGCCGCCAUGCUGACGGACACCGUGGCUCCACUGCUAGGGACCGUGGCGUGCCUUUUGCGCGAAGGCGACUUGGAGGAGGCGGCGACGCAGCUGCAGUUUUGCAACCAACUGCAGCCAGUCGCGCAGCGCAAUGCAGAGCUCUCUAUGCUGAACGCGGAGCUGCGGUGGCGCCGGCGCGGCAUGGAGGAGGAGACGGCGGUGCUACGAUAUCUCGAUCAGGCCGCCGAGGCGAUCAAGCACGACGUCAAGGCGCACGCGGGGUCUGGAAUGGAAGUGUACGUGCACCUCAACAGCCCCGUUGCGCUAGCCGUCGCCCAUGCAUACCUCAUGCACUGCCGCAACGAGCCACCCGACCCGAUGUUCAAGCACACGGACGUGAUCGGCGAAAAGUGCGGGCGGCAUCUCGAGUUCCUUGUGCAGCACCUGCCGGCCUGCAUGGAGGCGCAACUAAUGCUGGCCAAGGUGUGGUUCGUCACGGGCGAAGUGCGCAAGGCACAGAACCUGCUCAAGAGCACGCUGCUUGUUCAGGAGCAGCCGCUGCCGGAAGCCUUCCUGCUGUCCAGUCAGAUAUGCCAGUACAUGGGGGACGUGAAGCUCGCCAGCCGGGCUCUGGAACAGGCCCUGACCCUUGACUUCUCCCUUCAAGAGCAGCCCCUCUAUAAUCUGCUACUCGGCACAGUGCAAGGCACUACGGGCAAGUCUGCUGAGGCUCUCGCGUCGUUGCAGCGCGCCUACGACACGGUGAAGAGCGCGGUCACCACGUCCUCCUCGGGCAAGCCGAUGCAGUCGCUCAGCGUGCCGGAGCUGGUGACUCUAUACCUCCAGCUGGCGCAGGCGCAGCUGCGUAUGCGCGACGUGGACGCGGCCCGCACAACGCUGAUGGAGGCGGCUUUCAAGUUCCGGGACUCCACCCAGGUGGGCCGCGUCGCCAUUGCCCAGGCGAUGCUGGCCGCGCGUACAGACGUGGACAAGAGCAUUGAGCUGCUGCGGCAGGUGCCGAGCAAGAGCGAGUUCUACAUCGCUGCUCACUCGCAGCUUGGCAAGCUCUUCCUCACUCAGAAGCACAACGUGGCAAUGUACAUCCGGUGCUUCCAAGAGAUGGCCGAAGCGGCGCCGUCAGCGCCGAGCUACGUGGCGCUGGGCGAAGCCUACGCCACAGUUCAGGAGCCAGAGCAGGCCAUCGCGGCCUACGAGAAAGCCAAGGCGCUCUCGCCGUCCAGCAAUGAGCUGUCUGUGCGCGUCGGCCGCGCUCUCGUCGCGGCGCACGACUACGCCAAGGCAAUCCAAUACUAUCAGGACGCGCUCAUGUCCGACCCGCACCUCUCCACUGUGCGGACCGACCUUGCCAUGUUGCAGUGGAGGCUGGGCCGCAUCGACGCGGCGCGCGAAACUAUUAUGCUGUCGCCCGUGUACGAUCUGUCCUCCACAAGCGGCACUGAGGCAGGGUCGGCACCCUCAGUAGUGGCAGGGUCUGAAGAAACGGCAGGGACGGCGAUUGAGCGUAUCAACCUUUACCUCCUCCUGUACAAGGUGCUGCGCGAUCAGCCGUGGACGGUCCCGCUUAGCGCGCAAGGCACCGCCGACACCGGUGGCGACGGCGACGCGGCUCUCACGGCCCUUUUAAGGGCCCGAUCGCUGCAACAGCGCCUCCUCGAGCAGCAGCUGCGUGCCGAAACAGCCAACGUGAGCGCCGAGCAGCGCGUCGUCAUGUCGGGCAUCUGCACGGAGCUUGGCGUGCGGUGCAUGUACAGCACCCCAGCGCCGCCUCCCGCCUCGAUCAUCAUGACAGACAAGAAGAUAGAGGCUGCUGCGGCGCUGGCGAUCCAGUCCGCUGUUGCGGUCCGCCUGACGAACGCGCGAGAGUACCUGCGAGAGGCCAUCACAUACGAUGAGUCUAACGAGCGCGCCCAUCUCGAGUCGGCGCAGCUCUGCUACCGAACCAAAGACACGGACGGGUGUGAGCGACACUGCAAGACGGUGCUGCACAUGGCCGGCGGCAGUACGAGCAAUGCAGAGGCAGUGAUACUGCUGGCAAAUCUGUACUCGCAGCAGGGUCGCCCCGAGGACGCACGGGAGAUGUUUGAGGGCCUCCUGAAGAAGACCCCCCAGCACUACGAAGCUCUGGUCUACUACCUCGUCCUGCUCUACCAUGCUGGACAGCUCACGGAGGCCAAGGACGCGCUGGACAGAGCGGCGGCAGCUGUACCGGCGGGCCAGCGAGCCGACCCAGGCCUGAGCUACGCACGCGGCCUCUACGAGCACUUCUGCAACAACAACGCCGAGGCGCUGCGACACUUCAACUUGGCACGUCUGCCAGCCGACAACCCGUGGUGUACGCGCGCUCUGGUGCGCAUGAUUCGGAUUUACCUGGUGCCGACUACCCAGGAUCUGUGGGUGCGAAGCGCUAGCCCAGCCGCAGCGGCAGCCUCCUCGCCCACUCAGCAGCAACAGCACCGCAAGUCGCUGCCCUCGAACAAAUCCUCCUCAGCGGCUUCGCCGAUGGGCGCCGUGACCGGUGGUACGGAGCUGCACGAUAGCAUUCGCUACGCAGAACAGUUAUUGUUGCUGCUGCCCGUGUAUAGCGAGGAAAGACGCAUUCUUCAGGCAUACUGCGCAAUGGCGACGCGACGCCCCGAGGAGCUCGACACGGCUCUGCACUUAUUCCUCGAGUGCAUCGUGGCUGCCGAGACGGGGGGCGUGUCCGGCACCAAAGCGCGGAGCGGAGCGACAGCAGGCGAGGAAAGGCACAGCAGUGGUAACCACAACAAGAGUGCCGUCGCAGGAGCAGCGAAGCCGUCGCGGCAUGUCGGAGACAGCGACUCAGAGGACGACGACGAGGACCUCCAACUGCUUGCCAGCAUGCACGAGGCAGCGGCGCAGCGCGUCAGCGGCAGCGGCAACAGCACCGCCACACUCGCCUUUGCACUGCAGUGCACGGUGGUGCACCCAGCAGCGUUUCUCGGGCUGGCCAUCACCCUCUUCGUUUCUGGGCAGGAGACGGCCGCGCGCAACGUGCUGGCAAGGUUGCUGGAGAGCAAAAAUGUCGUGACAAGGGUGCAGGCGGUGAUGCCGGCGGACCAGAACAAGGGCGACGCCUCGUCGAAUGACACCGCUGCGCCGUCCGCCCCGGUCAUUAUCUCUCCUCCGAUCGCGAUCAUCAACUGCUCUGAGGACGACACAGUCGAGCGUGCAAUGCUGUUACAAGCAUACAUGGACACGCAGGUAAGUCAGCUGGAGGAUGCUCGGUUUGUGCUGCGGCAGGUGCUGACUGCAAACCAGAGCUGCGGUGCUGGCUGGAAUGCCCUCGGUAUGAUCUACGAGCGGCAGAAGAAGCACAAGGAAGCCUCUCGGUGUUACCAGAAAGCGUGGGAGCUGGUCCAGGAGUCCGACCCGGCUGUCGGGUACAAACUCGGCUUCAACUACCUACGCGGCGGCGAGCCGGUGAAGGCAAUCGAUGUGUGCAAGCGCGUGCUCGCCCACCACGCGACGUACCCGCGCAUUGAGGCCGAUGUCAUGGAUGUUGCCUACUCGAUGCUGCGGCCGUAA